AUAUAUUCGCCUUGUUAACGACAACCUACUCAGGGUUCCUAACUUCUCCACACCAUUUAAUUGCACAUGGACUUCAUGGCGCUGCUGUAUCUUACACCCUACUCAGGGUUCCUAACUUCACCACUCCGUUUACUUUUACAUGUACUUCGUGGCGCUGAAGGAUACUUAACAAGGCGAAUAUAGAUAAGCAGAAACAGAACGAAAAUAUACACACGCGGAUCGACGAUGGGAUCAUAUACACAUAUACACUGUGUAGAAUUUUUUAAAAUAGCAUAAAUCGAUAGUUUUGUAAACUCAAUUCAUUACAAACUCGUAUUGAUUUUUAGCAUGUAUAAGAAUCUAUUAACUUUUGAUACAUGUUAUUGUAAAUGUCAAUUUACAACGAUAUAAAUACAUAUACAAAGUUUAAAAGCGUUGAUAUUUGAAGGUUAGAAUUUAUUGUAAACAAAUUUUUUAGCAAGUGUUUCAUAUAAUACCUACUCGAAUAUAAAUAUUCUGCAAGAUGUUGACACCCCGAUUCGAAUUGUCACAAACGGAUAAUGAGGUUACUGUUGUCAUUCAUGCACCAUAUGCAAAUAUAAAGGAUACUGUGGUCCAUGUUGAUGGAACUGAUUUUCGAUUUUAUUCUACUCCAUACUAUCUAAGACUGAAUCUUCCUGGAAAAAUUGAGGAAAAUGAUGCAUCAACAGGUGAUUAUGAUUGCGAGAAAGGAGAUUUCACUUUGAAAUUCUCCAAAGUUCACAAAGGGGAACAUUUUGAAAAUUUGGAUAUGAUUACGACUUUACUUGCUCCACCAAAGAAGAAAAAUAAUUUAGUUCCUACGAUUGAAGUUAUAAGCAAUCCAUGCGCAACUGCCGAUGAGAAAAUCAAUGAUAAUAAAACAAAUGGUGAAGAUGAGAAUGAAAGCCUUAUGAUGGGUGAUGCUGGUAACGAAUGGUACACUAAACAAAAUCCCUUAACUGAAAGCAUUGAUAUAUCCCUGCAUUCUCCAAAGUAUGGUUUUGCAAAUAAGAUUUCUGGAGCCUUAGGAGCUUUUGAAGAUGGUUGGAUUAAAGAAAUCGUAGAUUUACCUUUGCCAGACAAGACUCUACUAGAAGAUAGAAAAAAGUUGCGUGAACAGCAUGAAUUGGAGAGUUUUAAUGAAGAGCACUAUAUGGCAGACUUAGUUGAAUCUGAUUCUGUUAAACCGUAUUUGACUUAUGAAUGUGAAUGGGACAAACUGGCAGCGGAAGAUGUGCAAUUAACUGGUGAAGAAAAAGAUUUACUUAAAGAAUUACCAAACAAAGAAUAUUUACUUGACGAGAAUGAAAUUAAGACAGCACUGUAUAGUAUGAUUGAUAUAUUAUUUGCUAGUUGUUACAAUUGUCGGACAACACUUGGAGAUAACACUGUGGAGAGUGGUUGGACAAUAAACAAAUUGAGUUCAACUUUAUCUUGGUUUCAGAGUUUUACCAACUUAAAUGAUGCAAUUUUGAGCAACAUAAAAAGAUCUUUAUGUUAUCCACUGGUCCGAAAUUGGGAUUUAUCGAUGAAAGUUUUUGAGGAUGUUAAAAAAGUUGUUAAAUUAGGAAAAAAAUAUAUAAUGAAACGGUUCUGCGAAAUACACUCCCUUUUUAAUAACUCGUAUGAACCAAGAUAUAUUUUAAACCAGUUGUAUAUUAAAGACUAUUUAAUAUGGUUACAACAAGUGCCAAAUUCCAAAAUUGAAGAACUUAAUUCAGCGUUAGACAGUAUAAACCCUAAGAAAGAAGAAUUAGGUUUAGAUCUUAUUGAAUUAGAAGAAGCUGCUUAUUCUGUACAAAAAGAAGAUUUAGUCAUUGAAAAUGAAUUGUAUACAUUGCCAGAGGACAUGGAAAAAUUGAUUAUAAACAAUGAAAACAACAAGUAUAAAAAGCCUGAAAAUGUUAAUCCUCAACUAAGUGAAGAUACUGAAGAUUCGGAUUCAGAUAGUUCUUCAAGCAGUUCUUCCACAAGCAGUAGCAGUACAAGUAGCAGCAGCUCCUCGAAUAGCAGUUCUUCCAGUAGUACCAAUAGUAAAAUAAUCCAUAUGAACAAUAGUAGUAACAACAGUACGCUCGACUCUGACGAUGAGCCCAAUUAAUUUUUUUAUACGUAACACAUUGAGAUUAUGGUACAAACCUUAUUCAUUUAUUUGCAUUUACAAAUGAAUAAUCAUUAUGAUAGUAAUAGUGGUGAUAUAACGAAAAUGCAGAAUUAUUUUUGCAUUGGAAUAAUAUAUUGGUUUAUUUACUAGAUUCGGUAUGUCUACGCUUCCAUUUUAUAGCAUUCAUUAAUUAUACAAGUUUAUUGUAGAAGAUUUUUUGUUACACGAAAAUAAUUUAAAUAUACGUUUAUAAAAAAAGAAUAUUUAUUUAAGGAGUAAAUAUACUACAUUUUUAUUACAU